AUGCCGGUGGAGGCAAUGAUAGAGGACCUAAUGGAUUGGUUUUGGAACUUGGCUUUAUUUUCCCUCCCCCUUGUCGGAUACUCGUUGUUUUCAAAACUGUUUGGAAGCACCGAGAAGAUACAUGGAAUAUACACCAAACCUGAAUGGAACUUUAUUCUGAAGAAAUGGUAUGCUUUCCUGUGCCUCACACGGCGAAAGCGUAAGAUUCUCGACAAAUUUUCAAAUAACAUUUUUGCUUCUAUCGAAGAAGAAGCAGUGGAAAAUCCGCAGCACCUUCCUCACGAAGAGAGCAUUGACAGCAGGUCUUUCAUUGGGUGUGAUGUAAAAGGAAAUGCAGUUUGGCUGAAAAUUGUCAGAAAAAAUCACAGAUCUGCUGAAAUAUGGAUUCAUCUGCAUCUGUCAAAUGGUGCUAUCUAUCAGUUACCGUUCCAUCCUCAUACAUUAACUCGCAGUGACACUUCAGACACAUGGAGUGGUGGAGGACUGAAAUUCCAAAUCUGUGAACCAUUUAUGCGAUGGAGGAUUACUUUUAAUGGACUGUUAAGGCAAGGUGUCCAUGGGAAAUUGAUGCAAAAUGAAGACAGUGCAGAACAUGUACGUUUUCACCUGCUGUGGAAAGCAUGCAGCAACCCCUUUGAACUUCCAGGAGAUAUAUCAACUAAGAUGCUUGCUGAAGCUGUUGCCAGGGAGCCUUGGAGAAGUGGGGACUGGCUGAGCAUGCUGGAUGAACUAGGUGAUGGCUAUGAGCAGUGGGGAAUGGUUUUUGGAACUGUGGAGACAGAGGAAGGUAAUUUGCAUGAAAUCCAUAUGCAGAGUCUUAAUAAGCAUCACUGGGGUCUCAACCCUGCAGUUUGGCAACACAGGAGAAUUACUUUCAAUGGAGUUACAAAGGAGGGAUUUAUGUUCUCUCUAACAGCAGUAUCCAGCAUUGAAGGAGUUACUCAUGCUACAUUUGGUCAUGUGAGGUUGCCAAAUGGGAAGCAGUUACCUGUGAACUGGUGUGACUUGAGAUUACCAGAUAUUGCUGAACAUUCAAAGUGCAUACCAGAUCAUUAUGUCUUUAGGUUCUCAGCUGGGAAAAAAAACUUCACCACUGUUGUUGACUUCAUCCCUAAAGGAAAAGCUGUGUUUUAUAGUGGAUAUCCUUGGGAGAGUCAGACUCACAUUCGGACCUACCAAUUCCUUUUGAAUGACAAGUCAGGUGCUGGCACUGCUGAAUUCUGGUACAGGUAUGAUGGUGACUGUCCAGAUUUCCCCGUGUCACUGAGUGAUCAUCUUCUAGAACCAGAAGUGGAAGGAAGCAAUAUGGUAGUUACCUUUUCUGAUAGGGAAUGUCAGAGCUCCACUAUAGUUGGUGGCAAAGGGGCCUCAUUAGCUCUUCUUUCAUCUGCUGCAUGCUCACAGUUCCAGGUGCCUUCUGGUUUUUGUUUGACAACACAUGCCUUUGAUUAUCAGCUACACUGCUCUCCAGACCUGAAGAAUGAAAUAAAUAAGUUAAAUGACAUGUCUUCAGAAUGUUCUCCUGAGGAGUUGAAAACCCAAUGUGAAAGGAUUUCUGAGGUAUUUGAAAAAACCUCUAUCUGUGAUGAAGUCAGACAAGAAGUUUUGAAAGUACUGUCCCAGUUUGAUGCAUCUGUGCGCUAUGCAGUUCGGUCAUCUGCAGUUGGAGAAGAUUCAGAAGAUCUUUCUGCUGCAGGUCAAAAUGCAACAUUUUUAGGAUUGAUGGGAGAGUCAAACAUCUUGUUGGCCAUUCAGAAAUGCUGGGGAUCGUUGUAUAUGUACCAGUCAGUCCAGUAUAGAAGGCAAAAUGGACAACCCAUAAAUGCUAAUAUGGGUGUUGUAGUGCAGCAGAUGAUUCCUGCAGAUGUUGCAGGUGUUAUGUUUACAUGUCACCCAGUUACUGGGAACCCAAAGGAGGUACUUAUAACAGCAAAUUAUGGGCUUGGGGAGAGCGUAGUGUCCGCAUCAGCGGACCCUGAUACAAUUAUCCUUAUUAGAAAUGGCACAGACAAGCUUUCUUUGAAGAGUUCGGUACCUGGAAAGAAAAAACAUCGCAUUGAUAUGAAUGAUUCUACAGGUGGGACUGUUACAACAGAAAUUUCUGUUGAUACCUUAGUUAAUGAACUUUGCCUCUCACCAGAUGAAGCAAUUGCCUUAGGAAAGAUUGGAAUUCAGCUGGAAUCAAUGUUUGGUAGUGCCAGAGAUAUUGAGUGGGCCAUUUACAAGGGAAUUAUUUAUAUUCUCCAAGCUCGACCAGUAACUGCGCUGCACUCUUGGAGUGAUUUUGAGUUGCUUCAUGAAUUGGAUAGCCCAGUGGCAUCUGAAGAGGAAUUUUUUACUACAGCAAAUUUGGGAGAAGUAUUUCCGGAGGGUACUUCACCUCUGAGUCAGUCAUUUGUGAUACCAUUGCUCAAUAAUGGUAUGAAGAAGGUCAUGCGGUCUUACUAUCUUGAUCAGUUACAUCUGUCUCAUCAUCAUGCUUUCAUGAAUGUUUUAAAUGUGAUAUUACGGGAACCAGAGGCUGACAUCAGCAUUGCAAAUAAAGCUACUGAACUAGCUGUGUUUGGACACAGCAUCAUAACACCUCAAAUGCACAGAAUUGCAAAAGAGAGACAUGGAACACCAAAUAUUACAAGACUUUAUGAUUAUAUUAGGCGUGUGGUUUUCAAUAAAUGGGAAUUAAAGAAGGCACUCAAACUCCAGGAUGAAUUUAAACUUAAAGCCAAACACCUUAAUACCUUGGAACUCUAUAACAAGAUCCGAAAUGAUGCGUUUGUUCUUCAAGAGGUAAUAAAAUGCCACUCAAAUACAUCACAAGUUAGUGUCAUUUCACAAAUUGUGUCAAUGAUAGUACUAACAGAAAGAAGCAAAGAUAUUAGUGUUGAUCAUGCAAGUGACAUUUCACUGUUUUUAUCACAAUGCUGUGAUGUUUUAUCUGCAGAAAUACCAGUAGCUCUCAAGGAAAUAGCAUAUGACAUUCUUUCAACUGGUCGAGGAGAUGAGUUCUGCAGUUUGCCUCCACCAUUGGCAGUUGAAUGGCUUGACUUGAAUUCAGGAAAAGUUCGACAAAAAUAUAAUGACUUCUUAUUGAAACAUGGGCAUCGCAGCCUACAAGAAUUUGACCUUGCUACAGAAACUUGGUCAAUGAGACCUCUGACUAUCAUAGAAACUCUCCAAAGUAUUGUCAAACAAGGAAGAGAAACAUCUAAGGAGUUAAAUCAGAAAACUACCACUGCUGCAGAUGUCAUUCGUGGACUCAUUUCAGUCAAACAAGAAAGAACUAGGAAAAUCCUCAGCUGGCUAUUACCAUGGUGCCAAAAAUCAGUAGCAAUCCGUGAGACAACAAAAGCAUGUGUCAUUAAAGUAUUGCACCAAUUUAGAUUAGCAUUCCGUGAGCUGGGACAACUUAUGGUAAAGGAAAGCAGGUUACCAGAUGCAGAGCUGGUAUUUUACAUGACAUUUUAUGAAUUAGGAUAUCUUUUAAAUACAAGAGAUCCAGUAAUAGUCAAUAAGGCUGUCAUGAGAAAACGUCACUUUCCUAAAUGGUCGAAGUUGAGGUUUCCAGAAAUUAUUUCAGGAUUGCCAGUGCCGGUUAAUGAGAAUCAGCAUGACUUUGAACAUCAACUGAAUGAUGCUGUGACAGUGCAAGGAACUCCUGUGACACAAGGAAAUGCAUGUGGCCGGGCUUGUGUUGUGCCACAUUUGAAUCAGAUAUCUCAGCUGCAGCCAGGUGAUAUCCUGAUAACACAGUGCACUGAUAUUGGAUGGACACCUUACUUCCCUCUACUUGCUGGAGUUGUCACUGAAAUAGGUGGUCUGAUAUCUCAUGGAGCUGUCAUAGCAAGAGAAUAUGGCUUGCCUUGCAUUGUUGGUGUUCAGAAUGCUACCAAACUGUUCAAAACAGGUGACAUUGUACUUUUGGCUGCCACUUCUGGUACACUCCGGAAGGUUGCGGAAGGUGAAUCAUAGUUUGUAGGUGUGUUGAGUAUGUGGAAAGAUAUCAGAGAUGUGUGAAUUCAUACUGAGGCACAAAAACUUCAAUGGUAUUAGUAUAUGUUACCUAUUUUCUAAUGGAAAUGUUAGUAAAUUCUUGUUAUCCAUUCUUGUUAUCUACGCAGCAAGCUUUCCUACACAUUAGGAAGUUUUAAAUAUCCCAGCUGUAAUAACAUAUUCUUGUCAUCUCUGCAAGCUUAUUUAAACGUGAUAAAGUUUUAAACAUAUUGUUACUAACAACAAAUAUUGAUGGAUGUUGGUAUGUUGUUUGUUUACAAACUGUUACUAUGACUAUAAUGUGGUUCACUUAGUGUUACCAGGAACAAACAUAUGUACUCUGAUGAUCUGAUAUUUCUAUUAGUACAAUUUCAACGUAAAUGUGAAUAUGUAAUUAGCAUAUUAACAUGUACUGUUGUUAACUUAUUUCAUUUUCACUGUCUCAAAUUAUGUGG